UGAACACCGCAGACUGCAGCCGACACACACUCACGCACACACACACACACAUAUACAGACACACUUGACAGAAGUUGGGCACAAGAACGCAGAUAGGCAGAAAACCAGGGAUACGUUGUCUUCAACUCAUCUCUGCAGCCGCGGUGCCUGAAUGUGACGCGACAACACUGAACGACCGUUUGAAGUGGGCUGGCUACAGUGAUGUCCAGAUCCACAAAAUCAGCCUCAAGGUCUCGGAGCCGUUCAAGGUCCCACUCAAGAUCCCGCUCAAGAUCCCGCUCCACCUCGCGAUCCAGAAGUCACUCCAGGUCCCGGUCCAGGAAGCAUCGUUACAGCUCUAGGUCUCGGUCACGGUCAAGAUCUCAUUCUCCAUCAUAUAACCGGGAGAAGAAAUAUCCAAGAGGAUACCAGAACAGCCGGGAGUUCCGGGGCUACCACCGUGGCUUCCGGAGGCCGUACAACUUCAGGGGGCGGGGGCGGGGCUACUUCCCACGUGGACGCUACCAGCGUGGUGGUGGCGGCGGUGGCGGCGGCGGCUACAAUAACAACUUUCGCCAAAACUGGAAGAAUUACAAGCAGCACCCUCAAAAGCAGCAACAACAGCAGCAGCAACAGCAGCAAAACCAUUCGCGAGGACGAUCACACAACCUCCAGAAACGCUCAGGGAGCCCCCCUCACAGUCACUCUCACCACUCGGACCGAUCGUCCACACCACUGUCCAGACACUCUCAGCAUUCUUCCUCCUCCUCACACUCCUCCUCUCCCAAAUGCAGGCCAGCCUUGUUGCUGGUUAAUCAGAACUCCAAAGAUGUGAGAGAGGAGCACUCAGCCUCAAAGGAAGUCCAAAAGGGAGGAGGGGGAGAUGGGGAGCCAGUAGAGCUUGUCGGGGUAUCUGCAGGAGAUGCCAAAGAAGGCACAGGCAGUGGGAAAACUGAGGGGAAUUGGCAGGGCCUGACAGACUGCAGCAGCAGUCCAAGGAGAACAAGUCCUGUGGCAAAUUCUGCUGUUAUUGCUGGGCAGAGCAGCCAAACUACAAACCAGUCUGGUCCCUCCCCUAGAAGUACAAAUGACACCAGCAAUGGUGCCCCCUCAUGGCAGAUGGGAUGUAGUUCAUCCUCCACAAAAAAACCCUCACAUGAAGGUCUAAAUCCAAUGCUUUCCAGCUUUGACUUCUUCUCCAGUGAAGAAUACCUGGAUGGAGAUAAAACAGCAAUCUCCAUUGCCUUCAGAAAGUUUCUGGAGGAACAAAAUAAAAAAGCUACAUCUGCUUGGGAAAAUGGCAAGAACACAGUGGCAAAUGAUGUGGAUAUGGAGCAGGGGACAGUAAAUGGCAAAGCAUCAGCAGUUAACGCUGAGUCAGUGUCAAGGAAAUAUAAAGAGGACGGUGAAGUGUCUCUGAACAGCUUUUUGAAAACGUCUCCUUUUCUGUCUGCUGAUGGGGAGGAAGAGGAGGAGAUGAUCAUCAAGCCCUAUUCAAAGCCACUUCACAAAGACUGGCACAAUGGUGAUGAGUCCUCUAAGCCAAAGAGCAAGGUCACUCACUCAGCCCGUGAACUGUUUGAAGAGUGCUUUGGCAAAUGGCAGAAUGUGGCCUGUUCACAGGUAGCUAACAGUGACCUUGGCGCCAUGGCAGAGGAGAUAUAUCUCAGUCGAAAGCAGGAUAAAGCGGCAGCCAUUGCUGCUGCCCUCACUAAGAGGGAGUUAGCAGGAAAAUUUGAGGAAUUGUCCCCAGACAUGAGUUGUAAAGCCAGGAAGAUGGCAAAAUCUCCCUCUAUCCCAUCUCCUACACCACCACCAAGGAGGAACUCUGACAGAGAGAUGUUAAUGAUCAGGGGAGAGGACUCACCUCUCAUGUCCUCAAGAAAACAGGAGGCAAAAUUUAAUGUCAGAAUGGACUUUCUUGGCGAUAGCCUGAUAAGCUCUUCUGAUAUUUUAGCUGAGGAGCGACAGUUGUCUCAGGACCUUGUGCAGUCCUCAAAAAAGGACCAAGAGUUUCGCUCUAUCUUUCAACAUGUUCAGGCUGCUCAGUUACACAGGAGUCCCUCUGAGCUGUUUGCUCAACACAUUGUCACCAUUGUUCACCACAUUAAAGCACAGCACUUUCCAUCUUCUGACAUGACUUUAAACGAGCGAUUCACCAUGUACCAAAGACGAGCUGCAGAGAAGGAAAUGAUGAAGCCAAGAAAAAGCCCAGAGAUACACAGACGAAUUGAUGUUUCAACAAGUGCUUUUAAGAAACACUCUCAACUUUUUGAGGCGAUGAAAAGCUCAGAGGAUGGCACUUACAAGGACGGCGGGGAAAAAAUGAAGGGUGACCCAAUGGACCUUCGUUUGGAUAUUGAGCGCCGUAAAAAAUAUUCCAGCCAUGAAAGAGAUUAUACUCAGGAUCGGGGAAGAGAUAUGGGACAUUCCCCAGACUCUAGUAGAGAAAGAUCUGGUGAAAAGUUCUCCAAAUGCCACAAGAGAUCAAAAAAAAGUAAGAGGAAGCGCUCUCGCUCAAGUUCAUCCUCAUCUUCAUCAUCCUCUAAGUCCCACCAAGAAGGAGAUUUGCCCCAGGACAAGUCUGAUCCCAAAGAUGAAGGCUUUAAUAGGGCCCAACAGGGUCAAGGGGAGACAGGAGGGCCCGAAAGAGGAAGGACACGUGGAGGAUUUCAAAUACGAAUUCGUGGAAGGGGUUGGAACAGAGGCAAUUGCCAGGGCAACAGUUCACAUAGUAACCCAAUGAACAUGGGAGGACACCCAAAAAAUGAAGGCUGGGACCCAGAGUACACUCCCAAGAGCAAACAAUACUACUUGCAUGAUGACAGAGAUGGGGACGGGGAGUGCAAGUGGAUGGACAAUCGAGGGCGAGGGCGGGGAAGCUUCUCGCGUGGGAGGGCAAGAUUCAUCAUCCGCAAAGCCACAGGGGUCUCCAACACUAAUAGCCCCAGAUGGGCCCAUGACAAGUUCCAGGUCAACGGGGAGCAAGGUGGUACGCAGGAGGAGGAGACAGAACAGGACCAUAAAGAGAUAGAAACUGGUGGAGAGCAUACUUGAGUGGGGAAGCAGAAUCUGCUGAAAAUCUUAAUAGUCUUCUGUGUUGUUACGUGAUUUUUAUCCGGCACAAUGGAUCGAUAAGUACAGGUUAAAAUGUUUUAGGAAUCAGUUAUCGCUAGGAAAACGUUUAAGCUUUAAUUUUACCAUAGGAUACUCACUUUGACUUGACACAACCAUGAUCUACAUCAGGAUACAGCUUGUUACUAGUAGAAGCACUGUGUAAGGGUGAAAUGCUGUUUCUCAUGAAAACUCACUAGUUUGUGUUACAUGGUUCUUUGCUUUUUAUAGUGAAUUGAAUUCUUCUGUGCAGCAUUUGGUUACACUUUUCUCAGUUGGCCAAUUAGAAAAUAUUUCCUUAAGUGGUCUUGUAUUGUGAAGUAGCAAGAGAAAUACAUUGUAGAUCAAAUCAGCUUGUGCCUUAUACUUGUGAAAAUUAAGAAAUGUUUUCUGAGUAGGCUACAAGAUAAAUUAUGGUACUGGUAAAUGCAUUGAGAUUUUAUCUUAUUCCCUAACUAUGAGUUUUCAUGUCUUGUCUGGAUUAAAAUGACAGCAAUAAAUACACUGUAGUUCGUGUUGACAUAAAAAAUAUCACUGUUUCACCAAUUCAACGCUCUACAAAUGACCCUGAUCUGACAAUGGGACCAAACUGUAUGGGGUCAAAGUUUAAGCUCUGCAGUCUUUCAUAUAACAUAUAUAACAGAUCUACAAUACUAGCUCACAGCAUAGGAGACUGUUAUUAUUAGGUUAUCUACCUGUACAUGUAACAUGUUCAUGAAACAUUUUACUAUCAGUGAUUUUUACUCUUUACAGUAGCUGUCCGCUUGAUCAUGGAUACCACUAAUCAAUGUAUAAUAUUGAUAGUGAUUAUAUUUUUUUCCUCCACAGACAUUCAUUGCAGUUUUUGUACCUGGCUAGGCAGGAUUAUGACUUUGUAAUGUAAAAGGAGAAUGUGUUUUUAUUGCAAUAGAUUUUUAUGUGAUUUUUGUUUGCUGAUUGCAAACUUUUCUCUAGCCAAUGAUGUUUAAUCAAUUGUGUAAAUUGUGUGCAACUGUGUCAACGUUGAGAUAAAAUAGGUUCAGAAUUAGCAGUUGUUAAGUGUAUAGUUUGUAACAGAGGCAGUUUAUAUGACAAGGAUAAUGUCCAGUCCUAGAAUAAGAAUGAUUUUUCAGUGCCUAUAGUUUUCUUUAAGUCUAGCUCUUUUGUUUGGCUAACUGCUGAUACAAUGGAAUUACACAAUUUGUGCCUUUCUGUGGGUGCGCUGAUCUUAUUUGUAUAAUACAAGCCUGCAGAUUGAUUGCAUAGGAAAUAAUGCUUUUUUUUAAAUAGGUGUUGUUACUGUUUUCUUCCUUAGAGACUGUAAAUUAAAGAGACACUGAUUUCUUUGAUGCUCAA